AAAACGAAAAUUAGCCUUAACUCCGAUUGCAGAGACAUAGCUAGCUGUAAAUUUCGCUCACUGCUCGCCGUAAGCCCAGAAUCAGACGGUGGUGGGUCAAUGGAGAACGCCGACGUCUUCCUCGGAUUGCACGACUUUCUCGACCGCAUGCGCCAACCAUCGGCCGCCGAUUUCGUCAAAGCCAUUAAAAGUUUCAUUGUUUCAUUCUCAAACAAUGCUCCUGAUCCGGAAAGGGAUAGUGCAGCUGUGCAGGACUUCCUUGCCAAGAUGGAAGCAGCGUUUCGGGUUCAUCCACUUUGGGCUGGCUGCUCAGUGGAAGAGCUGGAGAGUGCUGGUGAAGGGCUCGAGAAGUAUGUUAUGACAAAGUUAUUUACCCGUGUAUUUGCUUCACUUCCAGAUAAUGUAAAACACGAUGAGCAACUUUCUGAAAAGAUGGCUUUGGUUCAGCAAUUUAUUCGGCCUGAAAAUUUGGAUAUCAAGCCAACCUUUCAGAAUGAAUCUUCCUGGCUGCUUGCACAGAAAGAGCUUCAAAAGAUCAAUAUGUACAAGGCUCCUAGAGACAAGCUUGUAUGUAUCCUCAAUUGUUGCAGGGUUAUUAACAAUCUAUUGUUCAAUGCUUCAAUUGCGUCAAGUGAGAAUGCUCCAGGAGCAGAUGAUUUUCUUCCAGUCUUGAUUUUUGUUACCAUAAAGGCAAAUCCUCCUCAACUGCACUCAAAUCUGUUGUACAUACAACGUUAUAGAUGUCAGUCUCGAUUAGUUGGAGAAGCAGCCUAUUUUUUCACACACAUGCUCUCUGCUGAGUCUUUCAUCUCUAACAUUGAUGCACAAGCCCUUUCAAUGGAGGAAGCUGAGUUUGAAAAGAACAUGGAAUCUGCGCGUGCUCUCCUUUCUGGCCUUUCAACAGAUUUGGAUGGUCUGUCCAACCAACUUGAUCAAAUUGCAGGCAAUGUAGCCAGAGAAGAAUCUAAAACUCAAUCAUUAAACUCUAAGGAGGACCAUGCAUCAUUAACUACUGAAACCAACCAUGGAAGUAAGGAGGCAUCACAUUCAAAUGAUCAGUCAUCAAUUACCAAAAUUCCAACACUCUCGGAGUUGGUAAAUAGAGGGGCAGCUAUGCUUUUGAAGGAGAAUCAAACUAGAGAGGUCUUUCAUGAGUGCCCGUACAUGUUUGCCCAUGCUGGUGAUCUAACAAUCAAUGAUGUGGAAGGUCUGCUAAAUGACUAUAAACAACUUGCUUUCAAAUACAUUUGUCUUUCAAAAGGAAUUAGUGGUGCCACUCCAUCUUUCCCUUUCCCAAGUUCAAGAAUUCUAGCCCAGCAGCAUGCCAACACUAUGAAAGAACAUGAAGGUAGUAGAGCAAUGGAGCAGAAUUUUGAGUUGCAGAAAGAUAUCGAUAUUGGAUAUGAUGGUUCUUAUAAAGUUUCAAAUGAAGAAAACAUCGAGUCCAAGAAGGUUGAGGCAGUUUCUGCUGAGGAAGAUAAUAGUGCUGAUACCAUUGAAUGACACCUUAGUGGAAAGAUGUUUCUUUGUGGAUGUUUGUUGGUUUUCAAAGGGUGCAUUUUCUUGUUCAUUUUGACCCGGUAAAUGGAAUAGCAUUUUACUGAUAAAAAAUAUAGAAAGGAGAGACCAUGUUGUUAUGUAAGUUUGUUCUCAAACAUAAAGCAUGAAGGAGAAAACAAGGGAAGUGCUGGGGGUUUGAGUCUUUUGACAUACUUUCUGACCAUUCAUUGUCGUCUGAGAAUUCCCUGAAGAUGCAAAUUCUAUGGCAAUUCUGCUCGACUCAGCAAGGUCAGGUUUGAACAUCUGAAUUUGAAGAUAUUAAUGUCACAGCACAUGUUAUAGCAUAUAUUUCAUCAAAAGUGAUAGGCGCAUUGCUCAUUGUUUUUCAUUUUUAGUAUUUAGGUGUGAUGAACUUUCGAAUAGUUGUCGGUGGAUGUAGCACAAGUUUCAAAAAGGAUACAACCUAGCAAUCCUCGUGCUUCACAAUUCACAUACCUACUACCAUGAAAAUAUUUUGCAUACCUACUUUGACAAUUCUAUUUCAUUUGUCUCCUUACCUUUUCAGUUUCUUUUUUCUUUUGAUGUAUAUGACUAUAUCUAUAUGGUGUGGAACUGUGGAUGAGCAUUGUGGUUCCAUCCUCCAGGGUUUACAUAUCGUGAUGAAUCAAAAAAAAAAAGAAAAGAAAAGUGAAUAGCAUGUAUCAGCAUGUGCCAAAAUCAGGGACCAAAUGAACCUUUUUCACGUUCCUUCCACAUGCACUCUAAAUCAUAUGUCGGAUGACUCUCAGGAACAUCAGCUCUUGUGACCUUUAUUUGUGAACUAAUAAGCUGAAUUUUUUUUAUUGUUGUAUUAUCCAAGGUACAGUUCUACUGCCUACUGGUAGGGUUGUAAAUGAUUAGCAUUUAGAGCCACUUGAGCCGCAAAACUUGUUUUUUUA